AUGCUAGCGGCGCUCGCGGACGAGCAGUGCGGGCGCAUCUACGCGGAGCCAAGCCAGGCACUGGGGGAUGGCACCCGUACUGCUAGGCGUCUGGCGACGGGCCAGACGCCGUCGACGUUAAACGGUGGUGCUCACGGGGGCUCGUUAGGUGAACCGCUCAUCGCGGCGGCCGACUCUGGAUUCGCGUUCCGCCAACUACUGGCGGCGGCCAUCGCAAGGGAAGACGAGGGCCUUUUCAGCGAAGGGGAGGAUUGCGAACCAAUCCCCUUGGGCGCCGCAAACGCGCAGCCAGCCCCGAGCUCGCGCCUCGGUUUGGUCCACACCCCGUUCAGCGCUGAGUCAUCAAGCUUACGAGCCGAAGCGACGGGAUCUUCAGCGGAAUCCGACCACCCGGGCAGCGCUGCGGGUACGGUUGGGGCGUGCCUCGGUGCAGGCUCGCGAUCGAUCGAGCGACAGCGAAGAAAGGCCCAGGUGCGAGCAAAACGGAAGCGGCAGCGAGCGGAGAGCGCGUCGCCGUACGCGACGAUGCAGAGGCCGCGGCUGCCGCUCCUCAACAGACACAUCGACGCCGCUCCUUCAAUCGGCACGGACAUUGCUACUCAAGCCCUACCGCACUCCAACGGCGCGUACACCGGGGGCAGGGAGCCGCGUACCUCGCGUCGGCAAUACACGCUGGAUGACUUGGUCGGCGAGGGAUCAGAGUUUGGCUUCGAGUUGAUUCGUUGGGAUGGGAGGACCCCUCGACCGAUCACCGACGAGUCUGGGCGAGUCAUCGCCGUCCUUUCUGGCGCCCCCAACGACCCAGCCUGGACCGGUGUGCACACCGGUGCCGCAGCUGCCAUCUCAGAGGCCCGCACGAAGCUCUCCUUUUCCCGCAAGGAUGUGGUCCAUCGGCGUGGAAACUUCCCGGCCCUCGCCGUGGGUAUAUCUUACGGAGGAGGGCAGAAGCAACCAGCAAAUCUAGUACAUUCGCGCGCGAAUGAGGCUUCCCUCACCUCCCUUCUGGCGAGCGAACACAUACAGCGCAUCGCCUCCUUCGGAUCCAACGUCUUUAGUACGUGGGCGCCGCGCCUCUUCAACUACUACGUCUCAGGGGCGGCCCGGGGGAAACUUCCUUACCCUCGCCGUAUUUCUUAA